UUCAUGGGUGCAGCUUCAUCCACAGAAACCCUGCAGCAGGGGCUCCUGUCUCACAGGGUUGGGCCCAGUUCCCCGCUCUGGGUUCAACCUGGCACAGGGGUUGGAGCCGCUGCUACAGGGACAGUGCAGGCAGGCUCACUCUCCAGCGUCCCCCACAGGGCCUCCCAUCCUCACCAGGUCAGGAUUAGGGUGGGGGCAGAUGCUGUGGGCAUUUAGUGGCGAGGAGGUGGUGCCCGUGGAGCAGGAAUGCACCCAUUGAUAUGGGAGGCUGCAACCGCCACUGAGUUUUAGUCACCAGAUGGUUACAAGUUUUUCUCUUAGAAUGGGAGCCCUGUUCAGUCUUUGAAGACAGGCUGCAUUGUUGUUAGUUUUGUGGGGUAGUUUCUUUUGGGGGAACUGUUGAAAGUAGUGUGCUAGGUUGCUCCUUGCUUUAAUCUCUCUGUUUUGUACAGAAUUUUGGGGCAAUGUUGCUCCCUGGGAACUGGGCAUUGGUGUUUUGGCUGAAAUUUCAGAAAGAGGGAUUUGCCUGGGUGUUGUUUGACCACCUCUGUUCAAGGACUGGGGUAUAUAGUGCAAAAACAAGUUACACUAAGGCCUGGUCUACACUAUGAGUUUAAUUCGAAUUUAGCAGCGUUAAAUCGAAUUAACCCUGCACCCGUCCACACAACGAAGCCAUUUAUUUCGAAAUAAAGGGCUCUUAAAAUCGAUUUCUGUACUCGAUAAGCGGAGUAGUGCCAAAAUCGAUAUUGUCAUUUCGAAUUAGGGUUACUGUGGCCGCAAUUCGAUGGUAUUGACCUCCGGGAGCUAUCCCACAGUGCACCAUUGUGACCGCUCUGGACAGCAAUCUGAACUCGAAUGCACUGGCCAGGUAGACAGGAAAAGCCCUGCGAACAUUUGAAUUUUAUUUCCUGUUUGCCCAGCGUGAAGAGCACAGGUGACCACAGAUAGCUCAGCUCAUCAGCACAGGUAACCAUGCAGGCCAAUAAUCAAAAAAGAGCAUCAACAUGGACCGUACGGGAGGUACUGGAUCUGAUCGCUAUAUGGGGAGAGGAUUCAGUGCUAGCAGAACUUUGUUCAAAAAGACGAAAUGCCGAAACUUUUGAAAAAAAUCUCCAAGGUCAUGAUGGAGAGAGGCCACAAUAGGGACUCAGAGCAGUGCCGCGUGAAAGUCAAGGAGCUCAGACAAGCCUAUCAGAAAACAAAGGAGGCAAAUGGUCGCUCCAGGUCAGAGCUGCAGACAUGCCGCUUCUACGCUGAGCUGCAUGCAAUUCUAGGGGGGGCCGCCACCACUACCCCACCUCUGACUGUGGAUUCCGAGGUGGGGGUAAUCUCAUCAGCCACACCUGAAGAUUCUGCGGACUGGGAAGAGGAGGAGGAGGAGGAGGAGGUGGUGGAGGACAAGCUUGCGGAGAGCACACAGCACUCUGUUCUCCCCAACAGCCAGGAACUUUUUCUCAGCCUGAGUGAAGUACCCUCCCAAGCCAGUACCCAAGACCAUGACCCCAUGGAAGGGACCUCAGCAGCUGCAAAUUUUUCAAGCCUCCCUCCUCCGUCCCGAAGGCUAUCUCAGAUAAGGCGUUGGAAAAAGAGGACGCGAGACGAGAUGUUUGUGGAAAUCAUGGAAUCCACCCGCAAUGAAAGAGCUCAUCUGAAUGAGUGGAAGGACACGGUUUCAAAGUAUAGGAAAGAUGCCAGUGAACGUGAGGACAGGAGGGACCAACGUGAGGACACGAGGGACCAACGUGAGGACUGAAGGGACGCUCGAGAUGAGAGGUGGCGGCAGGAAGAUCAGAGGAGGCAGGAUGCAACACUGGGGCUGCUGCAUGAACAAACAGACAUGCUCCAGCAUCUGGCGGAGCUUCAGGAAUGGCAGCAGGAUCACAGACUGGCGCUACAGCCCCUGUAUAACCUUCCUCCCCCCUCACCAUGUUCCAUAGCCUCCUCACCCGGACGUGUAAGAACGCAGGUGGGGGUGGGGAGGCUCCGUGCACCCUCCCAUUCCACCACAGUGGACAGCCCAAGCAAAAGGCUGUCAUUAUUUUAACCUUUUUUUAGUGGCCUUUUCCUUCCCUCCGAUCCUCCUCCCAAACCCCAUCCGGGCUACCUUGUCAGUUCUCUCCCUCUUUUUAUAAUCAAUUAAUAAAGAAUACAUGAUUUUUAAAUGAUAGUGACUUUAUUUCCUUUGAAAGCAAACUGUGAUCGAAGGGGGAGGUUGGGUUGCCUACAGAGAAUGAGUCAAUAAAGGGGGCGGGUUUUCAUCAAGGAGAAACAAACAGAACUUUCACACGGUAGCCUGGCCAGUCAUGAAACUGGUUUUCAAAGCUUCUCUGAUGCGCCGUGCUUCCUGGUGUGCUCUUCUAAUUGCCCUGGUGUCUGGCUGCGCAUAAUCAGCAGCCAGGCGAUUUGCCUCAGCCUCCCACCCUGCCAUAAAGGUCUCCCCCUUACUCUCACAGAGAUUGUGGAGCACACAGCAAGCAGCAAUAAUAAUGGGGAUAUUGGUUUGGCUGAGGUCUGAGCGAGUCAGUAACGUGCACCAGCAACCUUUUAAACGGCCAAAUGCACAUUCUACCACCAUUCUGCACUUGCUCAGCCUGUAGUUGAACAGCUCCUGACUCCUGUCCAGGCUGCCUGUGUAUGGCUUCAUGAGCCGUGGCAUUAAGGGGUAGGCUGGGUCCCCAAGGAUAACUAUAGGCAUUUCAACAUCCCCAACGGCUAUUUUCUGGUCCGGGAAGUAAAUCCCUUGCUGCAGCCGUUUAAACAGAGUAGUGUUCCUGAAGACGCGAACGUCAUGAACCCUUCCCGGCCAGCCCACGUUGAUGUUGGUGAAACGUCCCCUGUGAUCCACCAGUGCUUGCAGCACCAUUGAAAAGUAACCCUUGUGGUUUAUGUACGAGGUACUCUGGUGCUCUGGUGCCAAGAUAGGGAUAUGGGUUCCAUCUAUCGCCCCACCACAGUUAGGGAAUCCCAUUGCAGCAAAGCCAUCCACUAUGACCUGCACAUUUCCCAGAGUCACUACCUUUCAUAGCAGCAGCUCAAUGAUUGCUUUGGCUACUUGCAUGACGGCAGCCCCCACAGUAGAUUUGCCCACUCCAAAUUGAUUCCCGACUGACUGGUAGCUGUCUGGCGUUGCAAGCUUCCACAGGGCUAUCACCACUCACUUCUCAACUGUGAAGGCUGCUCUCAUCCUGGUAUUCUGGUGCUUCAGGGCAGGGGAAAGCAAGUCACAAAGUUCUAUAAAAGUGCCCUUGUGCAUGCAAAAGUUUCGCAGCCACUGGUAAUCGUCCCACACCUGCAACACUAUGCGGUCCCACCAGUCUGUGCUUGUUUCCCGGGCCCAGAAUCGGCGUUCCACGGAUAGAACCUGCCCGAUCAACAACAUGAUCUCCAAAGCGUUGGGACCCAUGUCCAUGUCCUCAUCACUCUCGUCGCCGCGCUGCCGUCGCCGCCUCCUCCUUGACUCGUUUUUCUGGUCCUGGUUCAGCAUAAACUGCACGAUAAUGCGCAAGGUGUUUACAAUGUUCAUGACUGCUGUCUUGAGCUGAGUGGGCUCCAUGCUUGCCGUGAUAUGGCGUCUGCUGUGUUCACCCAGGAAAAAAGGCGCAAAACGGUUGUCUGCCGUUGCUUUCAUGGAGGGAGGGGUGAGGCUGUACCCAGAACCACCUGCGACAAUGUUUUUUGCCCCAUCAAGCACUGGGAUCUCAACCCAGAAUUCCAAUGGGCGGGGAAGACUGCGGGAACUAUGGGAUAGCUAUGGGAUAACUACCCACAAUGCAACGCUCCGGAAAUCGACGCUAGCCCUGGUACAUGGACGCACACCGCCGAAUUAAUGUGCUUAGUGUGGCCGCAUACAUUUGACUUUAUACAAUCUGUUUCCAAAAUUCGAAUUCUGUAAAUUCGGAUUAAUCCCAUAGUGUAGACAUACCCUAAGAAAAUACACAGACUGUGGCACUGAUUUCUCCUCUAAAGGCAAGCCAACUUGCAGCCUGCCACUCUCAGCAGAGGAGCCUUAACAAAAAAUGUAUUUGCAAAUUCAGCAAAUUUAAUAGGGAAACCAGUUCAACACAUGAAUAUGGAACCAGACAAUGCCAUUUUUACAGUCACUUUUCAAGGUAGAAGCAAACUUUAACUUCACCUUAAAGAAAAUUUGUGGUUGGAAUAUUAAGAACUUUCAGGUCAUUAAUGAACAAGCAAAUAUUCUGUACACAAAUUCCUUUGCAAAAUUAAUACAAGCAAUACUCUGAGGAAGUAAUAUUUUAACUUGUUUCAACAGUCUGUGGAUAUAUCACAUGAAAAAUAUAUAUGAAAAAAUAGCCUUUCUGCAUAAAACAGUUAAACAAGAAAUCAUAAAAAUUUGCAGUUAAUACAAUUCUGUCCCUCAUUUUUCUGAGCAACUGCUUGCAAGACACUACAGUAAUAUCACUGUUUCGAGGUGUCUCUCCAAAGGGAAAACAUCAUGCUAAAUAAAUAAAACUGUACAUGGGUAUUGGCAGAAAUAUUAAAUAUAUAUCCUAGAGAGAAAAUAAAUUCAAAAUUUAUAUAAUAUCUAGGUUGAUACAGAUGUAGUGGUAAAUAACAAAAAGGACAGGGAAGUCUUACAGAGCCAUCUGGAUUGCUUGGUAACCUGGGCCCAUUCAAACAAAAUGCAUGUUAAUUGCCCAAUACAGAGUUAUACGCGUAGGAACAAGGAAUUCUGGCCAUGACUACAGAAUGGGGGACUGCACCCUGGAAAGCAGAGACUUCUAAAAGGAUCUAGGGGUCACAGGGGUCAAACAAUUUGAGUUUCUGGUGCCAUGCUGUGACAAAAAGUGCUAAUGCAGUCCAUGGAUGUAGAAAUAGAAGAGUAGGAGUAGGGAGGUGAUUUUACCUCUGUGUACGGCAUUGGUGAGACUGAUAUGGGAACACUGCAUCCAGUUCUGGGGUCCAUAUUUUAAAAAGUAUGUUGAAAAAUUGAAGAGGGUGAAGGAAAGAGCGACAAAACCGUGCAAUUUCCAGACCUUAACAUGUUUGCAUUUCUUCUAAGUGUAACCAUAAUUCUGUGUUUCCUGGGUUUAUAUUGCUUCAUUUUUAGAUAACUACUGUAUCCCAGUAACAUUUUUGCCCUUAAGUUACUGAUAUGUAUUCUCACCUUAAGAUAGAGUUAAAAUAGUUUUUGUCUGGGUAUUUAAUGAUCAACUGAAUAUUUGCUGGGGACAAUAUGAACAAUCUAUAAACUCGAAUAUAUUAGUGAAAGCUAUUCAUCAAAUGAUUUUGAACAUCUAAUAAAAAUUAUGUUUGCAGACAAUUCAUUAACAGAA